CUCCUCCUCCUCCUCCUCCUCCUCCUCCUGCUCCUGAUCCUGUCGCUGCUGCUGCCCCUCCUGCUGUCCCUGCUACUCCUGCUCCUCGCUCCGCCGGGCAGGGCAGCGCCACGCCGGCCUCCGGGCAAGGUGAUGAUGGCUUUGGGGACGCUCUUGAGGAAGCCGCCGCCGCCGCCGGGCGGUUGUAGAGCCUUCUGGGGAUGGCUGAAUGCCGUGUUCAACAAGGUGGACCAUGAGCGCAUCCGAGCCGUGGGCCCCGACCGGGCGGCCUCGGAGUGGCUGCUGCGCUGCGGGGCCCUGGUGAGGUACCAGGGCUCUCCCAAGUGGCAGCAGGACUACAACGGGCUCCCCACGGGGCCCCUGGGCAAGUACAAGAUCGAAGCCAUCAAUGCCACCGACUCCUGCAUCAUGUACAGAGGAUUUGACUACCUGGAUGGCCUGGAGCACGUUACAGAUAUCAAGCUGGAGAAGUGCAUGUACAUACAGGAUGAAUGUCUGCAGAGGCUCAGUGAGACCAGCAACCUCCAGAAGAGUCUCCAGCAGCUGAAGAUCAUUUCCUGUGGGAAUGUCACAGACAAAGGCAUCCUUGCACUCCACAAGCUGACGAACCUUGAAUAUUUAUAUCUGAGUGACCUUCCUGGGAUCAGAGAGAAAGAAAAGACUUUCCGGGUCCUUCAGCAGGCGCUGCCGAACCUGGAGCUGGAGCUGGAUUUGGAAUAAACACAACAGCACGUAACUGAGAUGUAUGUGAUUUCCUAGCAUUUAUCUUAUGUUGCAUAAAUGAAGUUGUAGACACUGCUGUGUUUCCAGUGUGGAAGUAAGCCCAGCUUUCUCAGUCCAGCCUCAAAAGCUGUACGUGACCUUUUAAGAAAUUAUGCAAUUAAGUUUUAUUAAGCUUAAACUCGGUGGUGGAUCAACAACAGACAAGGCAGGCCUCUGCACAUAGGCAUCUGUUUCCUGUUUUUCUAGGAAGCUCUGAAUACCUCAGUUAGAAGUUUUCAGCAUUUUAUUGCACAGAAGCAAAGUGCAGAGUGGCAGUAGGGGAAUGUCGGGGUGUGUGCGGUCAGCGUGUGGUGUUGCUGCUGUUCCCUCUGGGAGUAUCUCACCCAGUCGGUGGGUGCUGAUUUAAUAACAAAAGAGGUAUGGGUCUUUUUUGUGUUCUUCA